GUGGAAUUCAGCGACAGAAUUACUGGUUGUCUAUGUGUUACAUGUUAACUAAAACUAACCCGAUUCUUGAAUGGGCUACGUUUACAUCAUUCUCGUAUAAUUUAGGGAUCGAAAUUCAGACAAUUUCCAACUACAAUGCAAAAUUGAUUUCAAAGAUUUUGGUGGAAUAAAACAUCAACGAUUUUCAUUUGCAACAUAUUCUCAUAAGAACAAUGACGAAUAAAAUAAGCCUUUCUUUCAAAAUAAACGUAGUCAGAUGUUAAUGAAAGUACAAAGUAGCUAUCCGGUCAACAUUCAACAUUUCAAAAUACAAAAACAAACUCUGAAAAUGGAAUUAAAUUUAAAUGAUUUUAUUCAUUAGUAUUGCGCAAGAGUAUGUGGUUUUGACAAGUUUAUCAACUAUAGAUAAAUACUAAUAAGUAUCUUCGAUUCGACCAGUUUUUGAUUACCACAUGUGAUAUUGUAUGCGCUCUAGACCCUAUGCAUAUUCCUCUGUUUGACUUUCUAAAAUCCGGUAAAUUACUUGCACAAAUAUUACAAUUAAACGUUAAACAAACAAUUAUUUAUCUCAGCCUUCAAGGUAAUACAUUUUCCUCUCUACUUCAAAGAACAUUCAACAGGACGCCAAUCAUGGAUAUCUCAGGUAUGCGCCAUCCAUAUCACGACAAAAAUGAUUAUUUCCUCGAGGACAACAUUGAGGUAAAAGAACCAUUGGAUUUGUUCCACAAAUGGUUCCAGGUGGUGAAGACCGACACUAGGACAGUUGAACCCAAUGCAAUGUGUCUGUCAACAUGCACAAAGUAUGUCGUUUUUUGUCAAACAUAAUUACAUUUCACAACCAGUUAUUUCCACCAAGCAAUUUCUAAUUGUGAGAAACUAUCAGUCAUAGUCAUUAAAACAAAUUAAUGAUAGGAUGUUUCCUACCUAUGAGCUACACUGAUCUGGUUCACUGUAAAUGACAGUUCUGGAUUAUUUGAAGUUUAUUGUUGGAAAUAUAGUUAUUUAUCAUACAAGGGAAAAAAAGUACUAGAACUGAAAGCUAAAAUCUAGUAUUUUUCCAGUGUAUCAUACACAAUUUUUUUCUCUAACGGGAAAAACGUCCAUUUAAUAUUGGAAAAUUAUAUUAUCACAAUAUAUGUCAGAAAAUUAUCAAUGUGAAAUUUGAACUUUGAAAUUAGUAGGCUACGUUGUACUUAUAGCGAUAAUUAGACCUGCAUUGCUAAGGAAACUUUCAAGGUAAUCAAAUAGCUGUCAGUAUAACUUUGUGAUUUGAUUUAAAAAUUGUGAACCUAGUGGUUGUUUAGAAGUGAUUUUUAAUACUACCAAGUAAAAAAUGUCUGAAUCUGAGUUUUCUUAGACUCCACCGAAAUUAGUAGAAGUGGCCAAAGGAGUGUCACAAAAAUCAUUGCCAGCUAAAUCAUUUGUACAAUAUCCGGGAAAAAAGUACUCAUUUUUUUUUUCCGUGGAUAAAAGUAAUUUCAUAAAAAGUGACAUUUUGUUACCUGUCAACAGAGAUAAAAUAUCAAACUUUAUUCGUCACAAAAAUAUAUAUAAUUAAUCAGAAUAUUACUUUGUCACAUGAUUCAUUUGACACACAAGGCAAAGAUCUCUUGAUACAGAUAUAGAUUUUUAGCAAGUGUUUUUGCUACUUUAUUGCUCUACAGCAGCAAAUUUCAACUUUUUGGGAUGGUUGUAGAAGAAACAUUUAGCUUCAUUUUUAUCUUGUCUAGUACAAUAAAAUGUUUGAUCUUCUCACCUUUCAUUUGAAAUGUUGUAUUUCAGGGAUGGAUAUCCAUCAGCAAGAUUUGUCCUAUUAAAAGGGUAUAGCAAAGAAGGUUUCAUAUUUUUCACACACUAUAGUAGUCGGAAAGGACAACAGUUAGCAGAAAAUCCGAGAGCUGCUUUGACCUUUUACUGGGAACAUUAUAGUAGAUCGGUAAGAAUUGAGGGGGAUGUAGAGAAGCUUCCUUUUGAGGAUGCAGAUCAGUACUUUAGAAACAGACCUUAUCAGAGUCAGAUUGGAGCUCUAUGUAGUGAUCAAAGCAAAUCUGUAUCUAGCAGAAAUGAGAUAGAACAGAUUGCAUCACAACUGAAGGAGAAGUAUAAAGAAGGAGAGGUGCCUAGACCUCCUUUAUGGGGUGGAUAUAUUCUUAAACCUUAUACCAUAGAAUUCUGGCAAGGUCAAACAGAUAGAAUCCAUGAUAGAAUCAGAUUUCGCAGACCAAAGACAGAUGAACCAGAUGGUAUACUGACGCAUCGUGGUGAAGAUGGUUGGAUAUAUGAACGACUGUUUCCUUAACUCUGGUCUUUUCCGGCACCUAUUUUAAUUUUUUUGUAAAUAGCAACAAUCUCCAGUUCAAAUUUCUGCUCUUUUUCAUAUAUUGCAAAAGUUGAUUUUCUAACUCUGACUCAAAAGAUCCAGAACCUUAGCAUCAGUUCAUUAAGUAAUUCCAUUAUUAUAAGAACAAAUUUAGGCAAUUUUUGUAGGUAAUUUUAGGCAAUGUAUUGUGCGAGGGAUAUCAGUGUUUGUUAGAGACGGGUGUAGAUUUGUUAAGAUAUUGAAAGAUGGCAAAAGCAUAAUAAUCAUAUUAGAAUUGGAUUGUUUAAAAUACUAAAUCUCACCUAGGUAUUUGGAACUUAAAUAUAUUGUUCUUACUUGAAACAACAAGUUCACAAAAUCAUAGAAAAUACGUAAAAUUUUUCAUUUACAUUUAAAGGGUCAUGUUGAAAUUUAAAAGUUUAUUACCAAUUUUAUUAUAUAAAAUACGUUUGACUCAUUUAUUGUUUUUUUGUCGAUAAAGUUCAUUACUCUUUUCUUGUCUUUAGUAUCACUUAAAAAGUAUAUACCUAUGUUUUAAUAAAUCAGUAAACUGUUGGUUAGGUAAUUCUUUCAUAUUUCUGUUUUUCAGAUGUAGGCUUUUACUAUUAAAAAAUGUUGAAUGCCUUGUAUAUUUUAAUAGCUUCUUCUAUAGAUAUUCAAUGUCAUAUAGGUAAACAUGUACUAGAAGGGCAAUGAUAAGUUGACAGUGUAUGACCUCAAUAAGUAUAUUUCCCCAUGCACAAGCAUUUGCUUUUGUGGUGUCGUGUAUAUUUAUUGCAGAAUAUGCGUGUUUCUUUUGUUCAUAAAUUGUAUUUUUUUUUUCAAUAAACAUUAUUAUUAUACCUGAUUUGAUCCAAAAUUUCAUCUUUUAUACUUAUAUAUUUGUUUUUGCUAUCUUUACAUCUGUACAGUAUUUGCUGCAUUACAUUUUACCUUAUUAAUAUUAAGAACUUGAUAAUCAAUGUCUUCCAAAUAGAUGAUAAACCAUUAGUGC